AUGUCAACGUCGGCGGAUCCUGCAGCGCCGCCGCCGGCACCGGCCCAGACCGAGGCGCAGCAGGCGCGCGACUGGUGGGGUGCUCGCGAGCUGGAGGUGGAGCGCGAGCUGGCCACGAGCCUGCAGCGCCGCAUGGAGGCGCAGCGCGCACAGCUGUACGCGUUCAAGACGGAGCAGAGCAAGUGGGAGCACGAGCUGCAGCUGCGCAUCUCCAAGUACGCGCACGACCGGAAGCUGCUGAGCGAGCACAACGUGGAGCUGCAGGAGCAGCUCACGGCCAUGGAGGAGAAGUUCGCGCAGCACCAGCGAGACAUGGACCUGCAGGUGCAGCACGUGAUCGAGCUGGAGGGACUGCUGCACGAGAAUCAGAUCGACGCGCAGCAGAUGCGCGAGCUGCGAGACAGGAACGAGGAGCUGCAGCAGCGACUGCGACAGUGGGAGCGGUUCUACCGCGAGGAGAAGGUGGCUGAGGCUAGCGAGCACAAGGCGCAGCAGGAAGAGCUGCUGACGGAGCUGGAGAGACUGCUGGCGAUUUCGGAGGACGAAGCACGGCGGAAAGAGGACGCAGAGGAUGAUCCGCUCGUGACACGGAUCAAGGAGCUUGAAGUGGCGUGCAAGCAGAAGGACCAAGCCAUAUACUCGUUGAAGACUGUGGUGGAGCAGCAAGAGACCGCGUUCGACGAGAAGUUGAAGAUCGUGACGGCCAAGUACGACCAAGUGAAGACCAUCAACAUGGCGUUGCAGAAACGCCUCAUGCAUUCAUUAACGGAGGGACCAAGCAAGCCCUGA